GAGAGAGAUUCCGGUGUAAGUUGCCACAUGAUUCGCACAUAAACAUCGUUAAGUUAGGAAAUGAACAAGAAGACGUUACUAAACGAUAACAACGAUCGAAAUAACACGCCAGCCGUGACUAAUCCAGCACACCGGUAUUGAAUUAAGCAGAGAGAGAGACAACAACUGUCUGUUAUAUUGAAAUAGUCUUGAUUAAACCAGACAAAACAGAUAUACAAAUGGCUAUAAACGACUAUAUAGCAAUUCCUAUCCUGCUUGGUGUUGGUGUUGUUGUCAUGACGGCAAUCCUGGCCAAACACUUGUUCUCAGGCAGCAAGAAACCCAAGGUGACGCUUGAGAACAAAGACGUAAAGUAUGCCUUGAGGUUGGUUGACAAAGAGGAAAUCAGCCAUGACACCCGUCGAUUCAGGUUUGCAUUAACGUCUCCCGAACACAUAUUGGGUCUACCUGUAGGUCAACAUAUCUACCUGUCUGCUACGAUCAAUGGUGAGUUGGUUGUCCGACCUUACACCCCUGUGUCCAGUGAUGAGGAAAAAGGUUACAUGGACCUUGUCAUCAAGGUCUACAAGAAAGGUAUCCAUCCUAAGUUCCCCAAUGGUGGCAAGAUGAGCCAGCAUGUUGAUGCUCUUACCACUGAGGACUAUAUCGAUGUGAAAGGUCCCUCUGGGCUUUUGACUUACCACGGAAACGGUGAAUUCCACAUCAAGCCUGACAAGAAAUCCCCUCAUGAGGUGGUUACUGUGAAGAAAAUCGGAAUGAUUGCUGGAGGCACUGGUACGACCCCAAUGCUCAAAAGGACCUUAAAUUUAUCCCCGCACUGUAUAUCUACUGCUUUAUAUUUUCAGACUGAAAAGGAUAUUCUGCUGCGUCCUGACUUGGAGAAAAUUGCUGAAGAUCAUCCUGACCAGUUCCAUUUGUGGUUUACUGUGGACAAAGCUGAAUCAAAUUGGAGCUUCAGAUAG